CUCAUCAUGUGAUUCAAUGUUUUGCUCCGUCUGCCGGAUGUUACACAGAGGACAUCUGAAGCUACUUGAACGUCUUUAAAACCUGAUGAUUUUAUGCUAAAUUAACUUCAUAAGAAGGGAGAUAUGUUGUGUUAACGCGCCUUACUGUAAGUAAACGUUACAUUUAGAUAUUUAAACGUAAAAACGUCAGCAUCAGCAUCAGUGGAGCAUGGCGGCUGUUGACAGCUUUCAGUUUCUGUACAGAGAAGUUUCUCGGUCAUGCAGCUUUUACUUUGACACCCUGGCCUUGGUCGGGGCUCUUUACACAGCCAGCAAGGUGAUCAUCCUGCUGAGAGACUGCUGCGUGCUGGUUAGGGUGCAUUUCCUCCCGAGAAUGAUCCCCACCAAGAAGCUGACCCAGAGAUAUGGAGACUGGGCUGUCGUUUAUGGUGCAUCAGAGCCUGUAGCCACAGCGUAUGCAGAGGAGCUGGCCCGGCACGGUAUCAGCAUCAUCUUUGUCACUCGGGACCACACCUCGGUCAGAGACACUGCUGCGUCCCUCUCCCAAAGCUACGGAGUGGAAACCGUCGUCAUCCUGGCCGACUUCUCUCUGGAUCAGGCGGCCAGCAAGUCCAUCACCGAAGCCAUGCAGGGGAAAGAUAUCGGCUUCCUGGUGAACUGCCUGGACGAGUCUCUGGCUCUCCCGCAGAGCCUGACUGAAAUACCGGAGAAGGGCCUGUUGGACUUGGUGAAUAAGAACAUCGCAGUAGCUACUCUGAUGACUCGGUUGGUGCUGCCGGGGAUGUUGGAGCGAAGCAGAGGAGCUGUGGUCAAUAUAUCAUCGGGUUCUUGCUGCAGACCCUUCCCCGGAACAGUGGCACUCACCGCCUCCACUGGCUACAUGGAUCAUUUCUCAAGAGCGCUUCACUUCGAGUACAGCAGCAGAGGGAUCUUCGUACAGAGCCUAAUGCCUUUCCAGAUUGCCAAGAGUGAGUUAGAGCCAUCAUCAUCAACAACAACAACAACAUCGUCAACACACAGCUGGUUUGUUCCAAAGCCGGACGUUUAUGCUCGCCACGCCGUCUCCACCCUGGGCGUCUCCAAUCGGACCACGGGCUACUGGCCUCAUACACUCCAGCUCGGACUCAUGAGGUGUAUCCCAGAGGGGAUUUGGGUCCUCGGAUCUCGUGUGUUCAUCAAUCUAAGCUAAGAGCUCAUCCCUCCUCCCCUCAGCGUACACUAAAUGGAUCUUCUUGUUACUGCAGAAUGUGUCGUUCUCCAUUGUUCAACUCACUGGCUCUGUUAAGGUCCGUAGUUAAUAUAAAAAAACAUUAAACAAAGACAGAAGGCAUUAAGACUAAGUCGUCACGCCAGAAGCUGCUCCAAAUUAAAAUGUAUGGAAUUUAUCACCACAUGUGACGUUUCAGGCCCCUAACCCUGCAUCAGUCAUGUCUAAAGUUCAUAGUUAAAUCAGUGUCUUCUACUGAUUUUGAGAAACCUGCUGCAGAAUCCAUCUGAAAUAAUAAAUACAUUUACGUUUAAUAUACAUAUAUAUCAUACAACUGGACUAUGAUCUGACAGUUUAACAACCUGUUGUUGAUAAAUGUCUUGAAGAGAGAACAGAAAGGCUGGGCGUGGCUUUGGGCGAGGUUUGUCCCCGUUAUCGUCAUCAUUAAGAGCAUGAGAGGCCUCGAACAGUAAAACUUCAACCCUUUGAAGUCUUGGAUAAGGACCUGGGUUAUUAAUACUCAUGAGAUUGUAUCAUCUUUAAAGAAAGAACUGAAUGUCAAAUUAGUUAAUGUUUCUAUAGAGAUAAAAAAUAAAUACGUGCAGAUUUAAAUCCUUCAGCUUGUGUCAGCUUAAAAGUGACCUAAGAAAAUAAAUAUAAGAAACAAUAACAAAGAAACUACGUCACUAAAAUGAUUUAAUAAGGAAUUCAAUAAAUAAACAGAUGAGUACGAUUUUAGGUUGUGAUUCCUGACAGUCAGUUCAGUCAUUUCUGCUUGAAUCUUUGUUUUUGCAUCGUUCUUAUUUAUGUUUGAUUCGUUCCUUCUUUCUGGUUGAAUCUGCUUUUGACGAGCACUCAGCACAGCUUUAUGACACCCGUACAGAAAACCAACAGCACCUGUCCCAAACACAAACUCAACAUCUUUAAAAGUAAAAGAGAGAUACGUUUAGUGUGAUAUUCAAAACUCAAUACUAUUUAAAGGUUCAAUAUGUCGAAUUUUAUGACAAUGUUUACAUUACAAUAUCUAAAUGAAUGAAAAAUGGACUAAACCUGUUAUAUUCAUUUUUUUGUCCAGUUCUUACAUUACCUCAAAUAUUUCCAACAGUUAUCAAAGCCAGAGAAAUCCUUCAUUUGAUAUUUGUAACAGGACGUGUGUUGUUGGGCAGCCGCCUUGACAGACACGACAUGUUUAUCGUUGCCUUGGAAACAACUCAAUACUAUUUUAGUGAUUUAAAAAAGAUGAUGAAGAUGAUUAAAAAAUGAUGCGACAGUAAAAUAAGUGUAAAAGGGGGGGGGGGCGUUGGUCAUCUAGUGUUUAGUGUGUUCGCCCCCAUGUGCAGAGGCUAAAGUCCUCAAUAGCGGGCGUCCCGGGUUUGAUUCCAGCCUGACAGUGUGGCUCCUUUCCCGCAUCCCGUUCCCCACCCUCUCUCUCUCUCUCUCCCCCCGGUGUCUGACUCUAUCCACUGUCCCAUCUCUAAAAUAAAGGCCUAAGAAGCCCAAAAAUAAAUCUUUAUAAACAAGAAAUAAUUGUAAAGUGUAAUUCAAGAGUAAUUUCUGUGUUGAUUUAUGGAUAACAACAGGUUAAUUCAUCGUUCAAAUCUCUUCCCAUCCAUAGCUGUUUUCUCAUUUGGAUGGUUCUAGUGUGAUCAGAGGCAGAGGUCAGAUAAACCAGCAUGCGCUUGUAGAUUAUUGAGCUUCUCUUAAAAAGAAAAAGGUUUACAGAAGAUGAGUGUGUGGUGGUGGUGGUGAGGAAUGAAAGGACUCGGUGGAUGAUGUGGUAUUAUUGCUCAGGGUUCAAGUGUCAAGCAUAUCCAGGAGUGACUUUGAAAUGCACUAAAGAGUGAGAGUGUGAUAUUUUGUUUUGUUCAGAGAAAAAGUUUGACUUGAAGUUUGGUUUAUGUGCAGAUUAUUUUUUUUAAAUGGAGUGUAUUCAGAUAUGUAAGAACAGUACAGUGUAUUAAAUAAUGACCUAAACAUGUAUCAUAACAGCACAAAAUGAGACUAAUAAAACAAUGUCUCCAUCC